UCCAAAGUUCCUUCUGCACUCACCGUCGGGUCACCCUGAACAGCUAAGGUAGCUCAUUCAUAUACCAUCCGGCGAUGUCGCCGGAUGUCCCACCCGACCCGUGAAAUUUGACCCGAAUUUGGUUUGAAAGACGAAAAUGCCACUCGCCUCUUCCUCUUCCGCCGCGGCUCCGCCGCCUCAGAACCUGAAGCACCGCGUCUUCACUUGCCUGAACAAACUCUCCGACCGAGACACGUACGGCGUCGCUGCGGCCGAGCUCGACUCCAUAGCUCGGAGCAUCGAGCCUAGCUCGCUGGGCGUCUUCGUCUCAUGCAUCAACUCCACCGACGCCUCCGACAAGUCGCCUGUGCGGAAGCAAUGCGUUCGGAUCCUUUCCGUCCUCGGCGAGACUCACGGCGACGCGCUCUCGCCUCACCUCUCCAAGGUGCUCUCCAGCGUCACGCGACGCCUCCGUGACCCGGACUCAGCGGUCCGAUCAGCCUGCGUCGAUGCCGUCACCGCGCUCCGGUACCACGUCAGUAGGCCACCAUUCUCGUCGUUUCUGAAACCGCUAGCCGACGCGUUGUUUACUGAACAGGACUUGAACUCGCAGAUCGGCGCGGCGCUGUGUCUUGCCGCCGCCGUCGACGCCGCGCAGGAUCCGGAGACGGCGAAGCUCGCGAGGCUAAUGCCGAGGUUCGAGAAGCUGCUUAAGUGCGAGAGCUUUAAGGCGAAACCGGCACUUCUAGUCUUGUUCGGGAGUUUGAUCAAUGCCGGAGCAGCAUCCGGCGAGGGAGCUUUGAGAAGCUUGGUUCCAGCAGUCGUGCAGUUCUUGAGCAGCGAUGACUGGGCGGCAAGGAAGGCUGCUGCGGAGGUGCUGGUAAAGUUGGCCUCCGUGGAGAGGGACGCGUUGGCGGAAUUCAAAUCUGGGUGUUUGAAGACAUUCGAGAAUCGGAGAUUUGAUAAGGUGAAGGCUGUAAGGGAGAUAAUGAAUCAGAUGUUGGAGGCUUGGAAACAGAUUCCGGAUGUUUCAGGAAAUCUUUCGCCACCACCACAAUCACAAGCUUCAUCAAAAGAUAAUGCAAGCGAUGGACGUUAUCCACCAGGGGCAAGGAAUUCCGGUGGUGCUGGUUCUGAAGCUCUUCAAUUGAGGAAAAGACCAGUGCUACCUAACAAGGCAACUCCACCUGACAGCUCUUAUACCACUACUGCUCGUAAGAGAAGUUACUUGAAAAGUGAAGAAAAGAAAGCAAAUUCAGGGUUGUUUCGGAAGCUGGACAAGAAGAAGCCAUCGAACUGGAAUGUCAAUGUGGCUGUUCCAAAUGGCCCCUCCGAGAGAGGAGGGAUUCGUGGUGAUGAUCGCAAGGAAAGAGAUGGAGAUGUUUCAGACAAAAGGAGUAAUGAAAAGACAAAGUUAUCAAAACUGGAAACAAAGCGGGCACUGUUCUAUAAGAGUUCUGAUGACAAGGGACACAGGUUUGGUGGAUUCAGGUCCGGAUCUCGUGUGGCUCCAUGCCAAGAGGAGAGCAAUGAUUCUACGGUUGUAGUCAGUAAUGCAACUGCAGAUAUCCAUAAGAACCAUACUGAAUGUGAAGAUUUAACAUUAAUUCGCCAUCAGCUUGUCCAGAUUGAAAAGCAGCAAUCCAGUCUGUUAGAUCUUUUACAGAGGUUCAUGGGGAGCUCACAAAACGGAAUGCAAUCGCUAGAGACUCGUGUUCAUGGGCUGGAACUAGCAUUGGAUGAGAUCUCAUAUGAUCUGGCUCUGUCAAGUGGAAGAAUGACUAAAAUGGAUUCCUCCAGAACAAGAUGUUGCAUGCUACCUGGCGCGGAUUUCUUAAGCUCCAAGUUCUGGAAAAGAUCUGAAGGCAGGUACUCAGCACCAAGGAUUUCUACCUCCAGUGGCACCCCCUCAGCAGCAGCCAUGCGCUUUGGAGAUGAUUCAAAUGGAAAUGCCGAAAGAUUUAAGUCAAACCGCAUGCUUCGGCUGCAGGGUGGUGGCGGGUUCAUUGUAAACCCGCUAGCGGAGAUUCCACGCAACCCAGUGGGUAAUGCAAUGUAACAAUUUGAAUGAAAGUUGAUGUUUUAAUUUGAAGAGAAGUCGAUGUUUGAGAUAAUGAACCAUCAAAAUGGUCGUGGUCGAGGUCGAGUUAUGUGUCUAUGAUGUAGUUUAUUGGUUUCUCAAAAGAAUUCGCCACUCGUAAAAAUGGCUAUAGGAAGAAGCAUCGUAUUUCCCUAGUACUUUACACAGAAGCCUAUUAUUAUAAUCCCUUUGGAGAUGGAAAAGUGGGAUACAUACACAAUAAAAUCACUGGCAAAAUGCACCUUUCCUGGCUCUUGUGAUUAUUCUUUCGAAAAAGAAUGUGCCACUACUAGUCAUAUUGAGGGUGAAAUCAAUGUAUAGCAGAGUAGGGAUUUUUUUUUUCUUUUCUUUUUCACGAGUCAUUUGUAUCUUUGUAUUGAUUGGAUAUAUAGUAAUGAAAAUCGAUGAUGAUGAUGAUGUCAUAAUCCAUGAUUUCUAGCA